AUGGACACACUGUAUAUACAUUUAUAUGUUCAUUUUAUCAUUUUCAUCGGUUUUCGUACUAAUAGAGACUCCAGGCUGUGUGAUUGCAACCAAGUACAGCUGUGUCACCGUUUGGAUAUCCCUCUUCGACUUAUCCUGGAACCAAAAGAGCGAAAUGUUUCCCACCAAAGUUCUGAAUCAGAGCGACAAGAAUCUUUCGACCCCCAGGCAUUACUUCAGCAGGACAACCAGCGGGUCCCUAACGAAGAGGAAAUAUUUAUAACGCACAGUAUCUUCGAAAAUGCCAUGGAAAAAGUUAGAAGUUGCAUUUCGGACGCUGAGACUACUAGUGUGCAAACCCUCCUGGCGGAUGUGCGUUGCGCAAUCUCCGGUUUGGCUCAGUCUGUGAAGGCGGUGUUGGCCAUGGUUUGCCAGUCGAUCGCGUUCCCUGAUGUUCUGGACGCACUUGGUGCGGUGCAAAUGAGUGUGAUGGACGCGCUAAAGAACAUCAGCUCUGCUGAUCACACGCAGGCGAUGAAACACUGCUUUUCCGACGGCCUGAUGUCGUCGAUUCGCAGACAUGGCAAGCAUUCUGCGCCCUCCAUCGGAUUUUCUACCGCUGAUGAACCCUCAUCUUUACGGCUUUCCCAAAGCAAGCGUGAUAAAGUGCAUUGCUCACUUGCGAAACUAGAGAGCGCCCUCUUCCAUCAGCUGAGUUGCUUCUUCGAUUGGUUACAAGCUGGUGUUCGAAUCAAUCCGAACUUUUUGCGCCCCUGUAUGCUAAAGAACCUACGGUCAGAUUCUUUGCCUGCAUUGCGGCCCCGGCCAAAGGGAGUGGUGCUUGUUGCAGACACUCUGACUGAAUCAACUGGGAAAGCUUUUAAUCUAGCUGCCGCUACGUCUCUGUGCAACUUUUUCCGUUUCAUUAUCUUCUUUACGAGCACACCUAUUUCACUUGCGACCCGCCACUUACUUACUCCCUCAUCGGUAUUUUUACAACAGCCUUAG